CUGUCCUGUUUACAGAGGGACAUGGAAAACCUCACUGUCAGCUUGAACGACAGUGCCGAGUGCUACUUGAAAUCAGCUCUCAAGAAAUAUGCGUGUGAGCUUACUAUGGAUCUGAAUACUGCCAAUUCACUUCUGUCUUUUUGUGAAGACAACAAAAGAAUGACGAGAAUGGAAACAGCUCAGCCAUAUCCUGACAACCCAGAGAGAUUUACAGAUGGGGGACAAGUUCUUACGAAAGACGGUCUGUCCUCUCGUUGCUACUGGGAAGUGGAGUGGACUGGGGAAUGGACAGGGAUAGGAGUGGCUUAUAAAGGAAUAAAAAGGAAAACAAAAGGUCAUAGUGGUGGCCUUGGCCACAAUAAUCAGUCCUGGAGUCUGCGUUACCGUCAAGGCAAAUACACAGCUUGGUACGAUAACAGUGAUGCCUCCAUAUCUGUUCCCUUCUUAAACUCCAAAAGGGUGGGGGUGUUCUUAGACUGGUCGGCUGGCACUCUCUCCUUCUACACUGUAUCGUCAAACACCAUGACUCAUCUGUAUACUUUCCAUGCUGAUUUUUCUGAGCCACUGUAUCCAGGGUUCAAGCUGGGGUAUGCAGACUCUUCAAUCAUUCUCUGCCAGCCAGAAUGAACCUAAAAUAUCCCAAAUAUUCAAUGUAUCUUCAUAAAACAUACACUAAAUAAAUAAGGACUGGGUGAAAAAAAAGCCAGUCCUGCAAAAUUUAAAGGAUGUCAGAGGGCCUUGUUUUCUCAUGUGCUAUUUAUCCUCAUCAACUAAUUGCGUCUUUCCAUACACUGGCUUGACUCGGUUUGACCCGGCACAUCAGCCCAGCAUGGCAGGGAUUUGCUCCCCCUUUAACAUACUAAUGACAACAUAGUUAUGAAUAUUAUAUUCAAUUUCUGCCAAUAUAUCCCCCUUAAUCCUCCACAUUGGACCUUUAAAAAAAUCAUACAUUAACUUAGCCUUUUUUUUCCCUUAUUCCAUAAGACAGCCUCUCCUCUGUGUUGGCAUUUUGUGCGUUUUGUGUGUCCCGCCAGCUACUCUGUCAUGAGUUGACGUUUUUAUCUAUUUUUAAAGCGUCUCCUUAUAC